GGGCUGCAUUUGAACUUUGUAAGGUAAGCUACUUCGGCAGGCCGAAGCAUAUUUAUAUAAUAUACACAAACGACUUCAACAUGGAAUGUUCCUGGGUCAAAUGGAUACUGAUCUUUGAGCUCAUGCUGGCAUUCAACUCGAAAUCAGCGAUAGCAGCUGAAGAUUCCUAUUCUGGUGUCUUCGAAUGCUACGCGUGCUCUUCGGCGGAUACGGUUGAGUGCGGCGCUGAAUUUAACGGUAACGCAGAGGGCGUUUCUAAAAUAGAAUGCAGAGGACUUUGCUUUAAAACAACGUACGGCUACUUGGGCGAGAGAGUUAUAGACCGCGGAUGUGAGCCCUCUACCGACUGCCCUUCGUCAUGCUUCAAUAAAGACUGUCGAUCCUGUUGUCAAGAUUCACUCUGUAACGAAGCCAGAAUUGUGACGUCAUUCCCGAUUCUCACGUUCGUAUUGGUCGGUUUAGCAACGCUAAAGAAUAUUUUGAGAGACUGAUAUUGGAAGAGGCGAUCGGUUACGGCCUGCUUUGAACUCCCUUACACCCCAACCAUUGAAAUCAAGAACACGGAUAUUUUCAAGCGAAACGUACUUCAAAUCUACAGAAAGCAAAGCAAAGACUAAAAAAGGCAUCUUCUCUCCCCGCGCCCCGCGCAUUCAACACCUUCGCACUUCCUGCCCGUUUGCCCCCCCCCCGGGGGGGGGGGGGUCACUUUCCACAUGGACUGCUACCCGCCCGUGUCCGACAACCUCAGAAAUGCACCCUAAACGGCGUAACUACAUUAACUAAAUUUGCAACCCUAAACGGCGUAACCCAUGAGAAAAGCCACCCUAAGUGGCGUGAACAGGGAAAUCCCCUGAUUUUAUACCCUAAGUGGCGUAAACGUAAAAAUCGAUUAAUGUUGUGGGCGUUUGGGUAACGCGUGCUGCCUAGUAUAGAGCCAGGUGUAAGAGACUAUCUAGAACUGUACGGGGGUAACUCUCAUCAUAGGUCCAUGAUCUAAGUGCUGCGCUGGCCGCGCCGGCGCGUGGGAGGAUUAUUUUGUAUCCCUUAAAAUCGCCUUUCAUGGUGUUUAUGUCUGCUCCCGGGUCUCCUCAAAUUUGCACCCCUAAAUGGCGUAAUUUUCAUAACCAAACUAGCAACCCUAAACGGCGUGAAGAGAGAAAGAAAAGGCUACCCUUAUCGGCGAUUUACGAGCGAAUGGUGCUGAAAUGCAACCCUUUUUGCCAAAGACGUCGACGCCGCCCGAGUGCCUGAAACGGGACCCUUUUCGACGCUUUUUCUGGACGCGGGUGCGUAGCAGGCCAUGUGGAGAGUCUCCCAUGCACUGUAAUGUGGAGCGUUGGGCAUGCGCAGUACACACAACAUUCCCAAAGAAGAAGAAGAUAGUCUUCCCCUCUCUGGAUUGGGCAUGCGCACAGAGAAGAUGGGACGUGAAACUUUCCCAGCGUAAUUUGUAUUCGGCCCUCUAUUGGGGUCGUCAUUUUUGAAGUCUAAGGGGGUGUUGCAAGAAAACAUUUGCGAACAAUCGCAAAUAUUCUGUUGCAAUUUUACAACUGAUAGAUCAACAUUGGUUAUAGCAAAUAAGAUUAAAUUUCUUGUUUCAAGGAGCAGAUUAGCAAUCAAUCACUAAUUUGCAAUUAACUGCACGACAUAUGAUUGCUUGAGGGACCAAAAAUUUACUUGCAAUUGAUCGCAAGUUUCUUGCAACACCCCAUAAGAGACAUAAUGUUGUUUGCCAUAAUUUUAGGUCAUUAAACUGAUAAUUGAGAUAUUAAAUUUAUCAUGGCUAUAGAGUACCGAAGUGAUGACGUCACAAAGCCUUUUUUUGCAUUUCAGCGUUUUUUAUACCAUUCUUUGGUUACGCAUGGUGGAAAACCCCCACUACCAAAAGUUGGUGAGAAACGGUCCAUGGGGGCCUGAUAUAUGACCUCAUGAAUAGGCCUACAUAAUUAGCCCCAUUGAAGUCAAAUUACCAGGCCAAUAUAUUAUUUAUACAUUGACUUCAAUGGGGCUAAUUAUAUAUUCAUGAGGUUAUAUCCCGUGGACCGAUUCUCACCAAAUUUUGGUUUUAGGGGUGUUUCAUCAUGCUCUACCAAAAUAUGGUAUAAAAAGCGCUGAAAUGAAAAGUGAAAAUUGAUGACGUCACACAUCGGUACUCUAUUUGCUGUAUUCUUCCUAGUUGCUCUUAAAAAAGAGAUUACUGUAAAAAACAGGUCCGUUUCAGAAUGAAAGACUUAGACAUUGGUAACUCAUUUUUAGUGCACGCGGCAUUUAUUUUAAUCAAGCUUUUCAUAGAAAAAAAAACGAAAUUCACAGAAUGGAAUCUGAAAUCUUAAUGAAUCAAUACUCCUCUUCCAUAGAUUAUAUUGAAUGAGUCUUUGUAGAUUGAAUCAACAUUUCAUUAUAUUUAAUCCUAUCUGUAUAUUAUGGUAACUUAUGAAGUUUCAUUGAUCCAUAGAGGGAAUGAAACGAGUUUAUAUAUAUUUUAAUCUAUUGACCCAUAAGUAAAAUUUAACCUUUCGAUCACAACACGAAGAAAAAAACGCAGAAUUUGAUUACCUCAAAAUUUUCGGUCAAAUCGGGUCACUUCGGUAAUCGCUGAAGAAGGCAGCAGCCUUUAGUAGCCGAAAAUGUUGAGGGUUUUUUUUCGGAUUUUUCUUUGUUGUGAGCAAAAGAUUAAAUUUUAUAUAUUUUCAACCAACACAGAUAAACCUUCAUUACCUGUUGAGCCAUGUUUAGCCAUAAAUUUGCAUGAAACUCGAAAUGCACAAUGAUAAAAAAAAACGAUGAUAAUUAUAAAUACAUACACACACACACAACGAUGCUUACUGUAUGAACUUUAUAGUACUUGCUUAUCACGAAAAAAAAAUGUCUAUAAAGAAAACAGCUUUGCUUAAACUUAAAAAAAAAAAAAAAUUUAAUUAGACUGCUGUUUACGAUUUUUAACACUUGUUUGUUUAAACUGUUAAUCAACCACUGCAAAGCUCAAUUAGCAAACAGCGUUAUAUGAAAUCUUUAAACAGCGGUUUUUUUUACUAUAAUAUGUUUUUAUCGUUAUGUAUCCCAACUGCCAUAAAAAUUGGCCCUUUAAUAUGCUUAGUUGUAUUCUGAUUAUCAACUGACGUUUCUUUCCUUGUGCAAAAUUAAAGUAAGACAGUAAUUUCUCGUGCAGAUUCUUGGAUAAUAUUCCCAUACGUCCUCCAAAUUACGCACUCACCUCCCAAUUACUGCUGCAAGCUGAGAAUUCGGUGCACAUAAUUUACCACAAGAAAAUAUAACCAGUCGUUUGUAAAAUCGUUCGUAACUUACGAACAUAUUACUUUUAUGAAACACCUACAUGACAACCGAUCAGAAGACUAUGCUCUCAUGCUAGCUGGUAUAAUAGCGCCAUCUACGGAAGUUUGUAGAAGUGAGGAGAACAAAUUCGAUCAGAAUGUGGAAUAAUCAUUUUUCCCUUUCUUGCCAAAUAAUGAAAUGCAAAUUAGAUUUGAGGUUUUAGUUUUAUACUGUAAAUGAAUAAAUUGAUGAAGACAUAUCAA